UGCAUUACCACGGCUGCUGCUGCGGACGAUGCAGAGUAUCUACGUCGCCGUUGCCGGUAAUAGUCAUGAUCACGGUGGCCCUCGUCCUCUUAGCCCUUUCCUCCGUCGUGAAAUUCGAGGUAGCCGUCUCCUCAGGAGAAGAUGUGCUGAGCUGGCUCCUUCUCGCCGCGGUUCCAUUGGCUCUGCUCUUCGCCGUUAGAUGUCUCUCUUGCCUUGAAACGUCGAGGCGAUCUACUUACUACUGUCCAUGUGGUCGCUGGAGAUGCGUUUGCUACUACUAGACGUUUGUUUGAUCGCGCGAUAGGAAACUAUGGCUUAUGGAGAGAGAAGAUCAUCGAUCUUGGAUUCAUUCUCGCUCUCGCCUCUACCGUACCCAGUUCUUUUAAUCCUAGCCGUGGCUUCGGUGUUCUUGUUGACGUCAUGGUACUUCAGCUUGGAAGAAGCAGCCGAGUCAGCGGAAGAGCAUAUGAAUCUUGCUCUUCUCUUGAUACCUCUGUUUCUCAUAGUCUUGGUACGUUGGUUAUCUUCCAUGGAGAACCCUGACGCUAUCCUUGGGAUGUUUUCGAACAGUCAACGUGGGGCUACGACUUACGUGAGUCCCGGUGUCGCCGGAGAUGGCGGUGGAAGCUCGCCGUGGGGAGUUGCGGCGGUUAUAGUUUUGUUGCUAGUUUUGCUUCAGUAUCAGUCAAGUUUCUUGGAGAUGUGGUCUGGUUAAAUGUUAAUGAUAUUGAUAGAUAGGCUUCUUCUACUUCACAUGUUUUUCUUGUUGUCGUCUUGUGGUCACUAUGAUGUAUUAAAACUUUUUCAUUACUCCGAGGAUGAGGAUCGUGUGUGACUGACUGUGUUAUCUGAACUCGAUAUUACUUAUUAAAAAAGGAUAUGAUAAGUUUUCAAAAUG